AUGGAAGCUGGACUGUGCUGCAGCUUGUGGAAGCCCUGGGGUCUUGCCUGGAGAACACAGAUCCUCGGACGCGAGGGCGAGGGAUCCAGCUGCUGUCACAAGUCCUGCUCCAGUGUUACUCGCUGCUCCAGGAGAAGGAAGAGCAUGUGUGAGGUGCUGUCCCCGGGGCUAGCGGUGUCUGUGCUCAAGGCCAUCUUCCAGGAGGUGCACGUGCAGUCCCUGCUGCAGCUGGACCGCCACACCGUCUACUGCAUCAUCACCAACUUCAUGGGCACCAGGGAGGAAGAGCUGAAGGGCCUGGGUGCCGACUUCACCUUCGGCUUCAUCCAGGUGAUGGAUGGGGAGAAGGAUCCCCGCAACCUGCUGGUGGCCUUCCAGAUCGUGCGUGAUCUCAUUGCCAAGAACUACGCCCUGGGUCCCUUUGUGGAAGAGCUGUUUGAAGUGACGUCCUGCUACUUCCCCAUUGACUUUACUCCACCCCCCAAUGACCCUCACGGCAUCCAGAGAGAAGACCUGAUCCUGAGCCUCAGGACCGUACUGGCCUCCACACCCCAGUUUGCUGAGUUCCUGCUCCCUCUGCUCAUUGAGAAGAUGGACUCAGACCUGCAAAGUGCCAAGCUGGACUCCUUGCAGACUCUGACUGCCUGCUGUGCCAUCUACGGGCAGAAGGAGCUGCAGGAAUUCCUCCCCAGCCUCUGGUCAUCCCUGCGCAGGGAGGUGUUCCAGACAGCGAGUGAGAAGGUCGAGGCGGAGUGCCUGGCCACACUGCAUGCCCUCUCUGCCUGCCUCUCCCGCUCUGUGCUCAGCUCUGACGCCGAGGACCUGCUGGACUCCUUCCUCAGCAGCAUCCUGCAAGAUUGCAGGCACCAUCUCUGCGAGCCCGACAUGAAGCUGGUGUGGCCAAGCGCCAAACUCCUGCAGGCAGCAGCGGGCGCGUCCCUCCGCGCGUACCACCGUGUCACCGGCAGCGUCCUGCCCCUGCUGCUGGAGCAGUACACCAAGCACCCACAGAGCAGCCAGAGGAGGACAAUCUUGGAAAUGCUGCUGGGCUUCCUGGAGUUGCAGCAGAAGUGGGGACCUGUGGAAGAAGAUGAGAGCACCCUGCUGUCGCUUCGAGCCCAGGUUUGCUCUGUGGUGUUCUCGGCACUGACGGAUCCCAGCGUGCAGCUGCAGCUGGUCGGGAUCAGGGCGCUGACUGUCCUGGGCUCCCUGCAAGGCUUCCUGUCUCCUUCUGACCUGGAGCUGGUUGUGGAUCACCUCAUCCGUCUCGCUCUGCGUGAGGAGGAUUCCCAGAGCAGCGAAGCAGCGAUGGAAGCAGCCGGAUCUCUGGCCCCUGUCUACCCAGAGGUUUUCUCUGGACGCAUGGUACCCAGGCUUGAAGAGGAGCUGCAGUCAGAGUGGGAGGAGGAGAGCUCCCGUGACCGCUGCCUCCUGCAGCAGCGCUGCCUGCGGGCCCUGGCAGCCGUGUCCACCCACACCAGCAUCGUGAGGGAGACUGUCCCUGUCCUGCUGCAGCAUCUCCGGAAGGCGCAGAAAGGGAGUGAGGCCGGGAACACCCAGGAUGUGGUCUCCGUGUGCCAGAGCCUGCACCACGUGGCCCUGCAGUGCCAGCAGGAUGCAGAAGGCUGCUGGUACUACCACCGGACCGUGGUGCCCUGCCUGCCGGCCCUGGCCGGGCCGGGGCCCCCCUGCCUGCUGGCCAUGGCCGUGCAGGCUGCUGCGCAAGAGAGCACCCACCCGCUGCUGGGCAAGGCUCUGCUGGAGGAGGAGGUGCUGGCUGCCAUGGUCCCCGUCAUCAGUGCUGCCACCACUCACCUGAGCCCUGAGCUGGCUGCCCAGAGCGUGUCACACGUGGUGCCCCUCUUCCUGGAUGGAGAGGUCUCCUUCCUGCCCCAGAACAGUUUUCCCUGCUCCUUCCAGCCCUUCGAGGAUGGGGAGUGCUUGGAGGCACAGAGACGUCUGGUCGCCCUCCUCAUGGCCUUUGUCUGCUCCUUGCCCCGCAACCUCCUGGGCCUGCUGAGCGACACCGAGCUGGGCCCCGCCGCAGCCGACGGCUUCUCCCUGCUCAUGGCCGAGUCCCCAGACGUGCUGCACAAGGGCUGCCACGCCGACGUGCGCAUCAUGUUCCGCCAGCGCUUCUUCACCGACAACGUCCCCAAGCUGGUGCAGGGCUUCCACGGGGCUGGCCCCGACGUGAAAGCCAAUUACCUGAAGGGCCUGUCCCAUGUGCUCAAUCACCUCCCCAAGCCUGUGCUGGUGACGGAGCUGCCCACGCUGCUUCCCCUCCUGCUCGAGGCCUUGUCCUUGCAGCUCUCUGCACUGAGCUGCCUCCAGCCGCUGCUGCUCGAAGCUCCCAAGAUAAUGAGCCUGCACGUGGACACGCUGGUCACCAAGUUCCUCGGCCUCACCUCCAGCCCCACCAUGGCUGUUCGCAUCGCCGCCCUGCGCUGUGCCCACGCCCUCACCAGCCUGCCCACCCCGGUGCUGCUCCCGUACAAGGCCCGAGUUAUCCGGGCGCUGGCCAAGCCUUUGGAUGACAAGAAGAGGCUGGUGCGGGAGGAGGGGGGGGGGGGCCGGCCAGAGCCUGCCACAGAGCAGGGCUGA